CUGAAGCAUCAUUCUUUGAACAGUUUUACAAGUAUCCUAAAAUCCUCAAAGUUUGAAAUCAAGAUGAUGAAAAUGAAAAUAUCUGUCUUGUUCCUGACUCUACUAGUAAUGAACUAUUCCUUGUUCGUACAUGGAAAUUCAGAUGAACAUUCUCCACAUCCUAUAACUACAAUAGGUCCAGUUAUAGAGAAACCCUUCAACACAACCAAGGAUUCGUCAGAUUUUGAUGCUGAUAGUGCCGACUGCUCAUUAAAAUCUAUUUCGGAUUCUUCAUCCGAUUCUUCAUCGGAUUCUUCAAGUUCGUCAGAUUCUGAAUCAGAUGAAUCAGACGACUUCGCAUGGUGGUAAACCUUAAAAAUCAGCUUUGAAAAGAAAAAACUUACAGUCUACGAUAUAAAAUAUAAAUUUAUUAGCCUGAUAUAUCAGAUAUCGCAAUUAAAGUGUAAUAAAUAAAUAAUUGUAUGCAUCCUUGCAAAAAUG